AUGAUGGUGGUGAUGGUGGUGCUGGAGGUGAUGAAGGUGAUGAUGGAGGUGAUAAAGGUGAUGGAGGUGAUGGUGGUGAUGGAGAUGAUGAAGGUGAUGGUGGUGAUAGAGGUGGUAGUUGUGAUAGUGAUGGUGGUGGUGGUGCAAACCCUGCAGCAGCUCCAUGGCGCCCUCGUGUGGCGAGCCCAGGCACUGCACGAGACUCAGAUCCGGAGCCUGCCCAAGCCUGCCGUGCUGGUGGAUGUCCCCGCCCUGCCCCUGCUGUGGCAUGUGGACAGUGUGCCUUACCCGUUCGGGCGGGAGCGCCGCCGCCCGCUGCUCCUCGGCCGUCGCCGCCUCCGCUCCCCGCGCCCGCGGGCCCCGCAACGCCGCUGCCCCGGCGGAGGAAGCGCCAGGCAGGACCCCGAGCGCCGCGGCCCGGCUGGGAGCCGAACGUCCGCCGGGUCCGCGAUGCGGGCGCCCAGCCCCUGCUCGCCUGGCCCCGCGCUCGCCGCCGCCGCCGCCGCUGCCUCCGCGCGUAUCCGCGCCCGGCUCCGGCACCGGGCGAUUAUCACUGGGGCGCGCGGUGACGUCAUCCGGACACCGGCGCCGCCGCCGCCUCCCGGAGGUGUCCUUGAGAACUGCGGGGCACGCGCGCCGCGCACUGGCGCGCACGCGCGCCGCGCGCCCGGGGCCUCCCGAGCACACGCGCCGCGCGCCCGGCUCUCACGGACUCAGUCCUCGGCUCCCUGGACCGUGCUCGGCCCGCUCCGCUGCACGCGUGCCCACAGAAAGACCUCUGCCCCUCGCACUCGGACCCGCGCGCGGCACCAGCCGCAGCCCCCUUGGGCGCACGUCGGCACCCACCGGCCACACCCUCCACCAGCUCGCUUUGCCACGCGCACGCCGCGCCCGCACAGUCAGCCGCACCCGCAGACGCCUCCGCAGCGAGCCUCUCGCGCGGGAUCAAGUCUCCCGUCCCCCGCCCCUGCAGCACCGCGGCUCAGCGCGCGCACUCCCCGCGGCCCUUCCAGCGCCCGCUCGCCGCUGCGGCCCCGCCCGGCUCUUCCUGCGGAGGAUGCUGAUGAGAUGGGAGGGGACCGUCCCCACUGCAAGCCUGCUCCCCUUCCUCACUGGUAG